UUAUUUUCACCUGCUUCUAAAUAGUUUGUUUCGUUUUAAUUUUGUAAAUAUUUAUUUUUGUUUCUACUAUUUCCUUUUUAAAUACUUUUUCUACUUUUUUCCAUCUUUCGAUUUUUUUUUGCAAACAAUUCUCGCCCUUUCCUUUUCUCAUUCGAUUUCCGAAUGGCCAUCGACUGCUGUUUGGUCGAACGAACGGCUGGCGCUGGUCGCUGUAUAAAUGGUCUCUGAUCUCUCCUUGUGACCAAAUGGCCUUCUUCUUUUACUUGCAUAUUCUUUCUCUCUCAUUUUUUUUUCAUUUUCACAUUUUUUCUUCAAUACUUUCAUUUUCCCGUGUGUUCCAUUCCAUUCUCAUCCCGUCCUUUUUUUUAACUCUUUCACAAUUGUGCUUUUUCUUUACUUUUAUUUUUGCCAUUGUAUGUCCCCAUAUUAAUUUAUGUCCCCCAUUCCCCCCAUAUUAUGUCCACAUAUUAACUAUAAAUGCAGGCCAAGACAAUAUUUUUUCCAAAAGACCAUCUAUUUUUCUUCUACAUAUAGGUCACGGGAUUUGUAAACUAAAAAAUAAUCCCAUUCUUUCUUCCUUUUAG